AUGCCUUUCCAGGCUUAGUAAUAUUCUCAGCUCCAUGCCUUUUCUUCUUCUAUUCUACUUAUUACUUGCUCUCUCUAUCUCUCUUUCUCUCUCACCAAAUAAAAUAAGCAACAAAGCCUGAUCUCAAUUGGGGGAACAAAUGGAGCAACAGCAACAACGACAUGAGCAAGAACAAGAACAAGAGCUCGACCCCAACUUUAUGUAUCUCAAGUUUGUCAAUCAGAAUGAAAAGGCAACUUAUAUAAAGGUGCUUCGGAAAUCAAAGAUAACCAAGGCAUUUAACAAGUACUACCAAGUUAACAACAUACAACAUGGCACCGCUCGCUUCCUUUUCAAUGGCAAUCGCAUUCUUCCUACCUGCGAUGCCACUCCCUCUGAUUUGGAUAUUCAUGAUGGAGAUCAAAUUGACGUUGUUCGCGAGGUUAAUGGAGGUGCUCCAUCCAUAUCCUAAACCAUACAUCAACUUCAAUUCUACUGCUGCUUUUACUUUAUCUUGUUCAUUAGUCACAGUACGGUGUAUAAGAUUAUCCUUAAUUAAAUACUCCGUAUUAAUUAGUAGCUAUCCUUAGGAUUUUAAGGCUGUUCAUUAAUUGGGGACCUGGAGCUACGUAUUACUCCAACCUUUAAUAUUUUAUUAUUUAUGCUUAAACACCAAACUCAUCACUGCCCUUUACUAAACUACUGUAAUUCACAAUCAUCAAUUGUUUGUGCUUCCAUUGCCUUUUUAUUUACAUUCCUGCUUCAUAAUCUUUACCCUGUCAUGUGCUAUUAUGCUUUACUCUGAUCUAUCGUAUACGGGAGUACAACAAUACGAUCAACUUAAUUUUGCAUUUGCUUUGCUUAUCAAUUUACUCCAACAUCUCAUAAAUAAGUACUUGUAUAGUUGUAUAUGACUUCAUUUUGAAAUUGAUCCUUAUUACCAUCGAAGGACAUUUUGACGCGAAUAUUUCAAUAAAUAUCAAACCAACAAACAUAUGGGAAGACUGAUGAGCAGUGGCGGACCCAGGAUUGGGUCACAAUCGAUUGGUGGGUCACAAUCGAUUAGGCGAAGAGAACAGUGGCUGCCUAUGCGAGAAGCCACGAAGAGGACGGAGUCCACGACCACCGACGUCCGACCACCAGGCGAUUAGGCGAAGAGAACAGUGGCUGCCUGGCUGGGACGAAGCGAAGAGGCGAACUGAAGAAUGGAGAUGAGGCGAAGUCGCGAAGAGAAGAAGGCUAGGGCUUGAAGUCUUGAACUGAAUUCGUGUUUGGUUUUUUUGGGGAAAACUGAUUUUAAUUUUUUUUUUUUUUUUUU